UCAGUGCACAGUGCACACAGAUACUGAGAUACAAUAAUAGUCUCUCCUCUUCCUAUCCCAGCCCGAAGGCACCUUGCCAAUCGGAGAUUCUCGAAGUCGCUAGUGACAGCCGGCGGUAUCUCCAAUUUCCACCACCGGCAGUCUCUACCUAGCUAGGUAUUGUUUUAAUUUUGUAGUUUCAUCAAGUUCUCUUGAUUUAGAGCAACAUAAUCUCGCUAGGUUUUCAUUUCGAAUCACAGUGUAGGUAACGUAGGUGGUAGGCGAAGAAUCAGAUUAGGUUUUGGUUUAGCUAUGGUCAGGAAAUACAGCAGUGAAUCUAGUGAUGGGGAGGGUAAGGCAGCGAGAAGAGGAAGGGACGGGCGAGAGAGGGAGAGAUCCCAACCCGAUGAAACGGGGAGGUGGCGUGAAGGAUCUGAGGAGGGUGAGGUGGCUGAGAGACAACGGGGCAGGCAAGAGAAGGAGAAGAAUCGUAGAGAUGAGUAUGGACAUAGGAAAUAUAGCAGUGAAUCUAGUGAUGAGGAGGGUAAGGCAGCAAGAAGAGGAAGGGACAGGCGAGAGAGGGAGAGAACCCAAACCGAUGAUACGGGCAGGUGGCGGGAAGGAUCUGAGGAUCGUGAGGUGGCUGAGCGACAACGGGACAGACAAGAGAAGGAGAAGAAUCGUAGAGAUGAGGAUGGACAUAGGAGAGAAGGUUCUAAUGAGGAGGGAAAGCUGGUGGAGAGAGGAAGAAGCAGACUGGAGAGGGGGAGAGGUGAUAGGGACAAAUACAAGCAUGGUAGGCGAGUAGGCAGGGAUAAGGAGGAGUUUAAAGAUUCUGCCCAUCCUGAUGAAGAUGGUGAUAAGCAGGCAAGGAGGGAGAGGUCCGAAGGGGAGAGAAAGCAUGGGCGUGAGGAUGAGCGUAGGCAUUCUCGUCAUCAGGGUCGGGAGAAUGGGGAUGAUAGGAGAUCAGAAAGGAAAUUUGAAAGAGAGAGGGAUAGGACAGAUGAGUAUAUAAGACAGAGAAACAAUGAUGAAGUAGAUGGGUAUCGAGGACAUAAAGAGAGUAGUGAGAGAAAUCAAUCAGAAGGUCGACAUAGGCAUUCCCGGAAGAAAGAGGAUAGUGAUAGCAGGGUAGUUGAAGAUUCAAAUCCUAAAAUGGAAUCAGCGUCAAGGGAAGGAAAAAUAAAUAUCGAUGCCGCUAAUUUGGGGAAGAGCGGUGGGGUUUACAUUCCUCCAUUUAAGUUGGCUCGGAUGAUGAAAGACAUUCAAGAUAAAAGUAGCAAUGAGUAUCAACGUUUGACUUGGGAUGCCCUUAGGAAGAGUAUAAAUGGUCUUGUGAACAAAGUUAAUGCUACUAAUAUAAAGAACAUUAUUCCAGAGCUAUUUGCUGAAAAUAUGAUAAGGGGAAGGGGUCUUUUCUGUCGGUCAUGUAUGAAGUCUCAGAUGGCAUCUCCAGGUUUCACUGACGUCUUUGCUGCACUAGUUGCGGUCGUUAACACUAAAUUUCCUGAGGUGGGUGAACUUCUAUUGAAAAGAAUAGUUUUGCAACUCAAAAGGGCUUACAAGCGGAAUGACAAGCCUCAAUUACUCGCCGCUGUUAAAUUCAUAGCACAUCUGGUGAACCAGCAAGUUGCUGAUGAGCUCAUUGCUCUAGAACUGCUUACACUUUUGCUGGAGGAGCCUACUGAUGAUAGUGUCGAGGUAGCGGUGGGUUUUGUCACUGAGUGCGGAUCGAUCCUACAAGACCUUGCACCAAAAGGCCUUCAUGGUAUCUUUGAGCGGUUUCGUGGCAUUCUUCAUGAAGGAGAAAUUGACAAGCGUGUUCAAUUUCUGAUUGAAGGCCUAUUUGCAAUAAGAAAGGCCAAAUUUCAGGGUCACCCAGCUGUUCGUCCAGAACUGGAUCUUGUGGAGCAGGAAGAUCAAUUAACUCAUGAUGUAUCUCUUCAGCUUGAGAUAGAUCCAGAGAUUACUCUUGAUAUCUUCAAGCCGGAUCCCAACUUUUUGGAGAAUGAGAAGAAGUACGAAGAACUGAAGAAACAAAUCCUUGGUGAAGACUCGGAAGAUGAAGAUGGUUCUGACGCAGCUUCGGGCGAUGAAGAUGAGGAGGACGACGAUGAAUAUGAAUCAGAGGAGGAAGAGGAGAAGAUGAAAAUACAAGAUGAAACUGAGACAAAUCUAAUAAAUCUUCGAAGGACAAUCUAUCUAACAAUUAUGUCGAGUGUUGACUUUGAGGAGGCUGGUCACAAACUAUUGAAGAUAAAAUUAGAGCCAGGUCAAGAGAUGGAGUUAUGCAUUAUGCUCUUGGAGUGCUGCAGUCAGGAGAGAACCUACCUCCGGUACUAUGGUCUCUUGGGGCAACGGUUCUGCAUGAUCAACAAAGUAUACCAGGAAAAUUUUGAAAAAAACUUUGUCAGUCAAUAUUCAAUGAUUCAUCGACUUGAGACAAACAAGCUACGAAAUGUGGCAAAGUUUUUUGCCCAUUUACUUGGGACAGAUGCUCUUCCUUGGCAUGUUCUAGCAUAUAUACGCCUAACCGAAGAGGACACUACCUCCUCCUCGCGUAUAUUUAUCAAGAUUCUGUUCCAGGAAUUGUCAGAACAUUUAGGCAUUCGCGCACUAAAUGUGCGACUUAUGGAUCCAACAAUGCAGGACUCCUUUGAAUCUAUUUUCCCAAGGGAUAACCCCAAGAACACUCGAUUUUCCAUCAAUUUUUUUACUUCCAUUGGGCUUGGGGGAAUUACUGAAAGUUUGAGAGAGUACUUGAAGAAUAUGCCGCGGAUGAUCAUGCAACAACAAAAGGAAGUUUUGGAAUCAGAACCAGAAUCUGAUGAUUCUGGAAGUUCAAGUUCAUCGGGUUCAGAUACAUCUAGUUCCGAGUCGGAGACAGAAUCUUCGAGUUCUGAAGAAAGCGAAAGGGAUGACAGACGCCGAAAACGAAGGAAGAGGAACUAAGGAUGUUGCCCUCUGCCUCCUUUAAAACUUUAAAAAGUUUGAUAUGUUGUGUUCUGGCAGUGUUACAAAUUUUCUUUCUUGGCUUAUUGUUUGUUUCUUAUGCUAUUUACAUCUAGUCUACACUUGGGAAAUUUUCAAAACUCUAGGGCUUUAGCCUUUAGGGGCCCCAAAGGUGUAAAAUGGACCAGCACGAUCCAUGGGUUGCCCGAAGUCUUUGUGGGCCUGCUCGGCCCGCAAACCUCAAAGAGAGAGAAGUACAAGUCUUGUUCUCAGAGAAUUAAACUUGACUUACUUUA